GUGCCAACAGUAUCGUUAGUGCUCUAUGUAUAGUUCGUCACAUUUUAUCAAACGUUUACAAAGAAAUUAUAGGAAGAAUUUAUUAUAUAAUAACAUCUAUUUGUGCCAUGGAAUAUUGGUCGAUACUAUUAUCGAUAGUCAUCGGCGUGAUAAGCAUUCAUUAUCUUUUCAAAAAUUUUAAUUUCUUUAAAAGAAAUGGAAUUAUACACAUACCGCCUCUUCCAUUAUUCGGAUCCUCGAUAUCAAUUAUAUUUCGUCGAACAUCAUUCUUCGAUUUCUUACUGAAGAUGUACAAUUUCAAUCCAAACGCAAAAUAUUUUGGAAUGUACUUUAUUACAAAUCCAGUUUUCUUCCUUCGCGAUCUGGAACUCAUUAAAACUGUUCUUGUCAAAAAUUUCGAGGCAUUUCCAGAUCGUCGUGGUUUUGCUGACUUUAACGAUCCUUUAUUUGAGAAAAAUUUGUUUUCUCUUCACGGAGAAAAAUGGCGGAACGUGAGAAAUCUACUAAGUCCAUCUUUUACUUCUAGUAAGAUGAAAAUGAUGUUCACGUUGAUGUCUGAAUGUGCUGUGGAUUUUGCGAAAUUUCUGUCAACAUCAUUAGUGGAUAAAGGCGAUAUAAAUAUGAAAGACAUCUGCUCUAAAUAUACGACUGACGUUAUCGCCACAUGUGCUUUCGGAAUUAAGAUCAACUCUAUGAAAGAUCCAACGAACAAAUUCUACAUUUACGGCAAGGAGGCGAGUAACUUUAGAGGGGUCAUUCGCGGUAUAAAAUUCUUUUUUGUUGGAACGUUUCCAAAACUUGGACGAUUUCUUAAUUUAAAAAUAAUGAACAAUUACGUGUCGGAUUUCUUCAAAGACAUUAUAAAGACCACAAUUGCGACUCGUGAUGCAAAACACAUUACACGUCCGGAUAUGCUACAAUUAAUGAUGGAUAUUAGAGGCAAAGAGGGUCGUAGAGAACUAGACAUCGACGACAUGACUGCACAAGCAUUCAUCUUUUUUCUCGGUGGUUUCGAAACGACUUCAACCGCAAUGUGCUUUGCAGCUCACGAAAUUGCAGCUAAUCCUGAAAUUCAGAUCAAAUUACAACAAGAGAUCGAUAAAGUUUUGGAGGAGUCGAACGGCGAAGUAUCUUACGAAGCUAUUAAUCGACUUGAAUAUUUGGAUGCGGUGAUAAGUGAAGCUCUUAGGUUAUAUCCACCAGCUGCCGCCUUAGAAAGGAUAUGUGAAAAAACUUUUGAGUUACCACCCGCAUUACCGGACGAGAAACCUUUUAUCAUGAAGAAAGGUAUGCUUGUUUGGAUUCCUGUUCUUGCAAUCCAACGUGAUGAAAAGUAUUACGAUAAUCCGGACAAAUUUGACCCAGAAAGAUUUUUAAACAACAAGAUGCACAAUUCUUCGAGUUAUAUGCCAUUCGGAUUAGGACCAAGAAUGUGCAUAGCUAAUAGAUUUGCCAUGUUGGAGGUUAAAGUUUUGUUGUUUCAUUUAUUAGCGCGAUGUGAACUGAAACCAUCUGUGAAGACUACGUCACCAAUAAAAUUCUGCAAAGAUCUAAUGAUAAUUCCAGAAAAUGGAUUCUGUAUUCACUACCUUUUUAAAAAUUUAAAUUUCUUUAAGAGACAUAAUAUUAUACAUUUAUCACCUAUUCCAAUAUUAGGAUCAGUGAUUUCGUUUACAUUUCGUCGAAUGUCAUUCUUCGAUUUUAUAUUAAAGAUAUACAAUUUUAAUCUGAAUGCAAAGUAUGUUGGAUUCUACGUAAUGAUGACUCCAAUCCUCAUGAUUCGCGAUCCAGAACUCAUCAAGAAUAUCUUAAUUAAGAAUUUUGAGUCAUUUCCAAAUCGUAAUGGUUUUACUGAAUUGAAUGAUCUUUUAUUUAAAAAAAAUUUGUUUUCUCUUCAUGGAGAAAAAUGGAGGAACGUAAGAACUCUGUUAAGUCCAUCUUUUACGUGUAGUAAGAUGAAAAUGAUGUUCACGUUGAUGUCGGAAUGUGCAAAAGAUUUUAUGAAAUCAAUAUUGCCAACGAAUAAAGGGAGUGUAAAUAUGAAAGAUGUUUUCUCUAAAUAUACCAAUGAUGUCAUCGUCACAUGUGCUUACGGAAUCAAAAUCGAUUCAAUGAAGGAUCCAACGAAUAAGUUUUAUAUUUAUGGCAAGGAAUUAAGUAACUUUGGAGGGAUAAAGUUUUUUAUUCUUGCAGCUUUUCCCAGACUCGGACAAAUUUUAAAUAUAAAGUUUGUGAACCAUAAUGUGUCGCAAUUCUUUAAGAACGUUAUGAAGACUACAAUCGCCACUCGUGAUGCAGAACAAAUUAAACGUCCGGAUAUGUUGCAGUUAAUGAUGGAUAUUAGAGGCAAAGAAGGUCAAAGAGAACUAGAAAUCGACGACAUGACUGCACAAGCGCUCAUCUUUUACAUUGGUGGUUUCGAGACCAAUUCAAAUACAAUGUGCUUCGCUGCUCACGAAAUUGCAGCUAAUCCAGAAAUUCAGACCAAAUUACAACAAGAAAUUGACAACGUUUUGCAAGAGUCGAAUGGAGAAGUAUCUUAUGAAGUUAUUAAUCGGCUCGAAUAUUUAGAUGCGGUGAUAAAUGAAACUCUUAGGUUAUAUCCAGCAACCAUGGUCUUAGAAAGGAUGUGCGAAAAAACUUUUGAGUUACCACCUGCAUUACCGAACGAGAAACCUUUUAUCAUGAAGAAAGGUAUGCUUGUUUGGAUUCCUGUUCUUGCAAUCCAUCGUGAUGAAAAAUAUUACGAUAAUCCGGACAAAUUUGACCCAGAAAGAUUUUUAAACAACAAGAUGCACAAUUCUUCGAGUUAUAUGCCAUUCGGAUUAGGACCAAGAAUGUGCAUAGCUAAUAGAUUUUCCAUGUUGGAGAUUAAAGUUUUGUUGUUUAAUUUAUUAGCGCGAUGUGAACUAAAACCAUCUGUGAAAACUAUGUCACCAAUGAAAUUCUCCAAAGAUUUUGUAAUAAUGCCAGAAGAUGGAUUCUGGUUAAAUAUUCAGCGUAGAAAAAGUAUACAUCCUAUUUUGGAGUCUACUAUAUUGAAUAACUAAGCCUCAGUAAACAUUUCCAAUAAUAA